GAGAAUGAGAGAGAGAGAGUGCGCCUGGGCGAGUGUGUGUCUGCGGGGAGAGGCACUUGCAUUGUCUCGGGACCCGCAGCUCCGCGUUGAGGAGAUGUUUGCAAGCCCCUUGGAUGCACAUUUCCUCUUCUUUUCUCUUUCUUUUUGUCAGCGGUUCAGCGAGGAAGAAUGCCUCCAACCCAACCCAACCCAGGCCAAUAUGCUCUCACCAAUGGGGACCCCCUGAACGGUCACUGCUAUCUGUCUGGAUACAUCUCACUGCUGCUGCGGGCCGAGCCCUACCCUACCUCCCGCUACGGCAGCCAGUGUAUGCAGCCCAACAACAUCAUGGGCAUAGAGAACAUCUGCGAGCUGGCCGCCCGCCUGCUCUUCAGCGCCGUCGAGUGGGCCCGCAACAUUCCCUUCUUCCCGGACCUGCAGAUCACAGACCAGGUGGCCCUGCUGAGGCUCACGUGGAGCGAGCUGUUUGUCCUCAACGCUGCGCAGUGCUCCAUGCCCCUCCACGUGGCCCCGUUGCUGGCCGCAGCCGGCCUGCACGCCUCGCCUAUGUCCGCCGACCGGGUCGUGGCCUUCAUGGAUCACAUCCGCAUCUUCCAGGAGCAGGUGGAGAAGCUUAAGGCCCUGCACGUCGACUCCGCGGAGUACAGCUGCCUCAAAGCCAUCGUCCUCUUCACUUCAGACGCCUGUGGCCUGUCAGAUGCCGCCCAUAUCGAGAGCCUGCAGGAGAAGUCUCAAUGCGCCCUGGAGGAGUACGUGAGAAGCCAAUACCCCAACCAACCGAGCCGCUUCGGCAAACUGCUGCUGCGGCUGCCUUCUCUGCGCACUGUCUCAUCCUCAGUCAUUGAACAGCUCUUCUUCGUUCGCUUGGUAGGUAAAACCCCCAUUGAAACUCUCAUCAGAGAUAUGUUACUGUCUGGGAGCAGCUUCAACUGGCCUUACAUGUCCAUCCAGUGUUCCUAGGCCUGAGACAACACCGCCCCUGGCCCCUGAGCCCCCAGUAGAGACACAGAGGACGAGGCUUUGGCCAAGGACACCAAACACAAACAGAAACGGUCGAACCUGUUAACGCCGGGGUGCAAAUGGUGAAAGGUGGGGAGCGAGGGAGGGGAGAGAGAUGAGGGAUUGGAGCAGAACCAACCCAGGAGAAAUAUAUAUUAAAAAAAAAAAAAAAAGAAAGAAAGAAAAGAAAAAAGACUCAUUUAGGAUCAGAUCUGUGAACACGUUGAAAAGGAAAUAAAAAGGACCUUGUGUCUGUGGGGAAAAAAAUGAAGAAAGGACCAUGGGGAUUUUAAUAAAACAGAAGGAGAAUAAUGGACCUUCCAGGAUUUAUUGUGGACUGGUGUGUGGAU